ACCCUACCCUCUUUAAAAAAGUCCCUUCUUCCAGUAGCCUGUCGCAUCUGACAGUGACUUAGCCUACAGUAUGCGCAAAUAGGCUAACUGUUUUUUUUAUUCUGGAAUUUUAUUUAGGACUCCACUGUGCUUUGUUGUAAACUUACGUUGCAUUCGAUUUACAGUUUAAUAGACCAAUAUAUUUGUUUAUAAAAAAAAUGAUUGGUCAUAUCGAUUUUCAAUUAAUUCAAAAUGUGUCUCCAUACAUCAUAUAUCAGUAGUUUCCCGCAGUUUUCGUCAAGACGUGAACAAGCAAUAAAAAUAUACGUGCACUGAAAGUGCAAAGAGGCCCCUCUUGUUAUGCAAAUUCAAUUACAUUUAACAGACAAUGACGCACAAUAACACUAUUCAGUAGCGCAGAGACACAAACCCAAGCAGAGAACAUUUAAUCUAGAACUCGGUAUUUUUCACGCUCUCGUUACCCAUAACUGCAGCGCCACACGGCAGGUCGAUCGGAAUAGAUCAGUGAAGAAGCUACAGGAGGUAUUUCCUUUCACUUGAGAAAGAGAAGCGGACAGCACACGGACAGACUUGGUUCUGACGUGAGGAACCGGCUUCAGUUGUUCGAGCCCUCAUUAAUUUCGCUUAUGGGCGCAACACAGACCGAGCCAACCCUGAAGUUGGGUAAGCUGGCAAUGGCACGGCAGAGGCUGCUACAGCGUUAUGAGCACCGGCCCUUUGUCUCCUGUCUAGCUGGACUCUAUGGCUGCCAGUGGAGGUGUUACCAGCUCACACAUGCUCAGCCUGGACACUGCUGCUGCUCGAAGGUGCUCUCGUUGUACCUUAUAAUGCACAUGCUGGGAUCAUUUAAAAUUAAGCUGUUAACUUAAGCAAUCUUUUGUCUCAGUCUGGUGUUCCUGUACUUCUGGAGUGAAGCUCGGAAUGACUACAAUGACUUUGACUGGUUUAAUUUUGGUAAUCUGGGCUUCUGGUUUCCAUGGUCCAUAGUUUUGUUGAUUCUUGCUGUUUUUUUGUUCACUUAUGUUGCUGGUCUGCUGCUGCUGGCAGUUUGUCUUCUCUCAGAAGGCCAGAGGUUAUAUUUACAUUGGUGUCACAAGAUCGGGAUCUCAGUGACUUUGAUUCUCUCCAUUGUGGCCUCAUCUGUUCUCACAGAUUUAUGGAGCAAGGAGUGGAUGACUGUACUUUUAUCUUUUCAGGUAACUGCUCCAUAUCUACACAUAGGUGGUGUAGUUUUAAUGACUCUAUUAUCUUGGCCAAUAGCCUUGCAUGUCUUCCGUUUUCUUCCGAGAGUGAGAGGGAUGGCCAUCACAGUGCUGUACAUAACUGUUCUAGUGACUCUGUUCUUGGUUCCUCUGGGCAUGUACUCCCCCUGCAUUAAAGAGCGGAGCAGUCUGGGAUCAGCUCCUGCUUUAAUUGGACACAGGGGAGCACCAAUGCUUGCCCCUGAAAACACCUUCAUGUCUUUUGAGAAGGCAUUGGCAGCUGGAGCUGACGGACUGGAGACUGAUGUAACUAUCAGUUAUGAUGGAGUUCCUUUCCUCAUGCACGAUAAGAACCUACGCAGGACAACUAAUGUAAAAGACGUGUUCCCAAACUGGACACACACCUCACCUGCCAUGUUUACGUGGAGAGAACUGCAGAAUCUCAAUGCUGGAUCCUGGUUCUUCUCUCAAGACCCCUUUGGAACAGCUUCAUCUCUGAGCCCAGAUGAGCGUUUGCAAGCUCAGAAUCAGUCUGUAUGCACACUGAGGGACUUCCUGGAUCUGGCUGCUCAAUAUGGGAAACUAGUGAUCUUUGAUCUGUAUCGGCCACCCAGGGGUCACCCUUAUAGAGAUGCCUGGAUAUCCCGCACCCUAGAUGUCAUCCAAAACGAGUCAUCCAUUCACUCCAGUCAGGUAUUGUGGUUGCCUCCAGAGCUCAGAGAGUUUGUACAAGAAAUCGACCCAGAGUUACAGCAGAUAACAGCGGAUCUAGCACCAGUGGAGGACCUUCAGCUCAGACACAUAUCCAGACUCAACAUCCAUUACAGCUUCAUGUCAGAGAAAGAAAUCAGAAAAUACGCUGCUGCUAACAUCAGCACCAACCUGUACGUGAUCAGCGAGCCAUGGCUGUAUUCUCUUGCCUGGUGCGCAGGGGCUCAUUCUGUCGCCACUAAUGCUGUUCACAUCCUCAAAAACCUGCAAAGACCGCUCUUUCUCAUGACACCGGAUGAGUACAGGCUUAUGUGGACUAUUACUGACAUCACUUCCCUUAUUCUUGUCAUGAUUAUCUUUGUGUUUCACUGGUGGAGGGAGCGUGAGUUGGCUCUCAGUGUGGACAGCAGUUCAGUAAUUGAGAAUGGGUCCUACAGACAGUUCAGGACAGAGAUGAAUGAUGUGUGGUCUUUAUCCAACAUGAGUGCCUCUGACAAGCAAGAUCCAUCUCUUUGAAGUGCCUGACGAAAUUUUCUGGUUCAUAUUUAACCCCUUAUAUUAAAAAAAAACUGUAACUGAUGUUCAGUUAAGCCAGUAUAAACCACUGUGUAUGUGGUACAUUGAAAUCACCCUUACAUUUUAUAAAUUGUAAGUGUUUGGUCACAAAAUAACAGACAAGCAGGCUGUCUUCACGUGAUAUGAUGGGAUACAUACAGUUAACAAAUGUUAAGUUCUAGUGACUGAUCUUGCACCUCAUUUGAAUUAUGGCCUUUUGCAAGCCCCAGGUUUUAUAAAUGCUACUGUAAAGGUUUCCAUUUCAAGCAUGAAUGGAAAUAUUUGUCAUGUUGAUGAAACUGAUGUUUUCUUCUCUGAAAUAUUGGUGGAUCCAUUGGUUUUGUUUCAUCUUAAUUGGUAUUUAAAAUCCAUGCCAUGGUUUUGGCUGAAUUAUUACUCCCAGACAAUAGUGUAAGAAUCCAAGAGGUCAUAAAUCAUUUUUAUGCUAACGUUUUGUCCUUUUUGUCUUGUUCUAAUUUAAUACACGUCUAAUUCAGUAUCAUAGUUAAUCCUCAGAAGAUCAUUCAGUGAAAUCAUUUUUUGGUUAUUGCAAUAUGUUUAACUCAUGUUUUUUUUUUCUUCAUUAUUUUGAUACUUUAUCUUCAAAUGUUAAUACUGUUACAAUCUUGUUAUUUUUAUUACUUGAAUAAAUCUUCUGUCUGAA